GUUUUUCAGUUGAGAAGAGCUGUGAAAUCUGCAUCAUAAUAAAUCUGAGUGGUUUGAAGCAGUCCAAAAUUUUAAAGUUUCUUUUUUCUUUCUUCUUUUUAUUAGUAUUAUAGUUACAACAAGUUGUUUAAUUGUUAUAAAGGUUCCUUAUUGAGAUAAGCAUCUAGUAAUUCCUCAAAUUUGUUACGACACACUUCAACUUCACGGGGUUAUAUUACUCCUGAACUAAAUUUCAACAUAUUUUUGUCAAUCUUUUUAAUUGGCGUGGCACAUGGCAGUCCUUCACGUGUCUUAGGUGUUCAGCUUCACGCAAGGUGCCACAUCAGCACAAAAGAGUGACAAAAUAAGCUUCCAGAGGGGUAAUAGGGCCCCGUGAAGUUGGAGUAUGUUGUAGCAACUUUGGCCAUAGUUCGAAGGGGACGCGGUACUGAAUGCUUACCCCUGAAUUUUUAUAUGAUCAUAUAAACCUUUUAUCAUAUAGUGGAAAAGUGAUUUCUUUUUUCCUAAAAUUCCAUGUGACGAAGUGGUCACGGGCAAACAACCUCUUGCAAAAAUUUGUGGCAAGGCUGUGUACAAUAAAUACUUGUGGUUGUCGCGCCCUGCUCUUUAUUCGAUGACUUGAGUAUGUAUGUAACCAUUGUGGAUUCAAAUUUGAGCUCUGAGUUGAGUAGACUCGAGUAUAAGUAAAUGGACUUUGCUAUUAUGGAUGAAUAUUUAAUAUGUACAUCCUUGACGCAACUAAGAAGAAAAUUUAAACACUCUUACCAAAUUUCUAGCUCCGUCAUUGGUCACUCUUUGGGACCACUUUUAUUUUGUGAUUUGUUAAAAAAGAAACAUAUAGACAGUCUGAUUUUCUGAUUUAACUCCCUUUUUGGUUGCACUUAAAUGUUUUGUCAAUUCAGGAGGCUUAUAUGAGCUGCAUUUUGGCUAAUAUUAAUCAAAAUUGAUACGUAUUCAGACCCUACUUGUGAGAUUACACUGGAUACAUUAUUGUUGUGGUAUUAACCAAGAUUGAUAAAUAUGGUGUUCAUGAAAAGGAGACUGGCAUGUUGUACAAGAGACAAAGAAAUUAGCAUUGACUUCGGUGAACAAGAGAGAGUUACAACAUAUGAUGGCCUCGAGAGCUGCAUACUGAACAGUCGGUCCUGUGACAACGAAAGUACCACUAGCAGAGGUGUUACAGAUUCCUUAUAUGAUGAUGACUCGAUCAGCGCGUCCAGCAAAAAUGCUUUUGGAUCAUUCUCUUAUAAUGGAAAUUUCUCUUCAAGCCCUCAACAUUUUUACGUGAAAGAAAAAACUGUUUAUACAACACAAAUUUCAGAUGUCGAAACCAUGAAAGAAAGAUUUGCAAAGUUGUUGCUCGGGGAGGAUGUGACCGGAGGAAGCAAGGGGGUUUCCACUGCAUUAGCAUUGUCCAAUGCCAUUACAAAUCUUGCAGCAUCUGUAUUCGGAGAGCUAUGGAAAUUGGAGCCACUUACAGCGGAAGGAAAGAGGAAAUGGAGAACGGAAAUGGAUUGGUUGCUCUCGCCUACCAAUCAUAUGAUUGAGUUGGUUCCUUCAAAACAAAGUGGUUCUAAUGGACAGAGAUUGGAGAUAAUGACACCAAAAGCUCGUGCAGACAUCCAUAUGAAUCUUCCAGCACUUCGGAAACUGGAUUCCAUGCUUCUUGAAACGCUGGAUUCAAUGGUUAAUACUGAGUUUUGGUAUACGGAAGUGAGUAGUCGAGCAGAAGGAAAUAACACCAAGUGGAGUCUUCCUUCACCCAAGGUAUCAGUAGCCGGGCUAUCUGAUAUCGAAAGAAAGAAAUUGCUGAAUCAGCAAAAAUUGGUGAAUCAAAUAUUUAAGGCAGCAAAAGCUAUUAACGAAAAUGUCUUGUCUGAAAUGGCUGUUCCAACGGUUAUCAAGGAUGCACUUCCUAAGUCUGGAAGGACAAGCCUCGGGGACGACCUCUAUAGAAUCCUGACCGCAGAAUCAACCUCCGCUGAGGAAAUGUUCAGUUCCUUGAACUUGACAUCUGAAAACAGCGCGCUUGAAGUUGUUAACAGGUUAGAGGGAUCCAUUCUUGCAUGGAAAGAAAGAAUAAAUGAUCAAACUAGCGGAAAAUUUCCACUUCCAAGAUCGUGGUCCUUCAAAAAAGAUCCAGUAACUGAGCUAGACAGAUUGGAGGCCUUGUUGAGCCGGGCAGAAGCUCUCGUGCACCAGCUGAAAGUCGAAUAUCCUAACCUUCCUCAGACGUUCCUCAAUGUCAGAAAGAUCCAGUAUGGCACGGACAUUGGGCAUUUAACUCUGGAAGCAUACUCUCGAGUUCUCUUAAACUUAGCGUACAACAUUCUGACACGGAUAGGAGAAAUUUUGCAAGUAGAUUUCGCGAGCAGCACCAACUCACCAGCAGUAGCUAGUACUGGCUACUACUCGAGUCCUAUAUCGAGUGAUGAAGCACUCGUUGAUCGAUCAGAUGAACAGAGCUGAUAAACAUUUUAGUCUCCUAUAGUACAAAUGCUUCCACUAUGGACAUUUUAGUUCCAUGAGGUAGAGUUUGGUGCAUUGGCAGUGAAGUUUGUAGCAGCAUGUCUGCUGCAAAUUCACCUCAACAAGAUGGCUUUUUUUGUGCAAUUCUUUUUAUGAUUAUAUAUAUAUUACUUGAUUACGAAAAUAUCAACAAUAUAAUCAGUGUAAUCUCACAAAUGAGGUCUGACGAGGGUGGUGUAGGUAGACCUUACCCUACUCAAUUAAGAGAUAAUAAGAUGCGUGUAUCGAAAA